CAUGUGGAUCCCAUGUUUGAUAUUCCUGUAAUAAUUUUAACUAAACCUCAAUAAUGUCGGCGGCUUUCUCCGUCGCAUGACCAUUGAUUCUCAAAAGUCUUUUAGCUUCUUCUGUCAACUCUCAAAGGGAAGCCUUCUUUUGUUCAAAGUGGUACGCUCUUCCGCUUUAUCCAAUUGCAUUUUUUUUUUUGUUGCAAGUUUCUGGAUGAUCGUUGAACUGGAAUUGACGUUAUAUGCCUUUAGGAAUGAAUCAUUCAGUCCCUGAAUCUGUGGAAGGUAUUGGAUCACCUCAACGAUCCAACAGCGUUGAUAGUUUAAAGGCUGAAACACCGACGAGAAAAGGAUUCGGUUUGAAGAAAUGGAGAAGGAUCAAAAGAGAUGGUCCUGUGAAGGCCGAGGCUACUACUACACCUGCUGAUGAUGAAGGUAGUAAAUUGCUGAAGCGUGGGUUGACUGGUUUGGUGAAUCCUCCUUUGAAACAUGUGGACUUGUCUUCUGUUGAAGCGAGGCAGAGUAGUGAAGGCUCUGUUGGAUCUGUGAAUAUGGCUGUGCAUCAUCAUCAUCAUCUUCAAGGUGUGGCAAAUGGGUUUAGUCCAGAUCCGAGUUUUAUGUUUAGUGUAGGCCAAGGUUUUGAGAAGAGUGAAGAGGGUAGCGGUAACUCCGUAGCUGCAAAGAAUGUUGUAGGAGGGAAGAUUGUUUCAGGUAGUGAAGGGAAGAUCUGGAGGGAUACCAUCAAGAAUGCAAGCCAGAAGCCUUGUUCAAGCAUGGAUUCUGACUUGAGAAGUAGUGAUUUUGUGUUCUCGAGUGGUGCAGUUUCUGCUGCGAAUAACCACGGAGGGAAUGAUGAGAGGAAGGAAGUCCAAACACAUAGCAGAAGCGAGAACGGGGAACAAGAUGAAGAUGAAGAUGGAGAUGGUGAGUGUAAGGAGGAAAACCAUUACUGGGCAGACAAGGAUCAAAUUGCAGAUUCUAUCAGAAACCUUGCAGCUUUGCAUGAUGCUCUUUGGAAAGAGCUUAAAAGCUUCCAGGAGCUUGGUAAGGAAUCUCUACCAUUACCUUCGGACAAGCCAAGAAACGAAAAUUGUAGAGAAGAGAAGUCAACCUCCUCAGGAUCACAGGUACUGAUCUUGAAGCAGAAGGUAAAACAUCUCCAACACAAACUCGAGGAAGCCAGAGCUGAUCUCAACGAAAAGGAAGCGAGGAUCCAAGAACUUGAAUACUCAAAGAUUGAAUCUGAGCUUGAAGGCGUUUUCCGGAGAAGGAUGGAAGCUGAAAUUAAGCACUUGGUGCUCACAAGAUCUCUGAGUUCAUCACUACAAGUACUCGAAGAACAACCGAGCAAGGUGCUUUCUCUGACAGAAGAUCCUGAACCAAACCGUGGAAACCUCUUGGGGAAAACAUGCAAGUCAAGUUUCUAUUUCUUGACACAGUUGAUCUUGCUCGUCUUCAUACUUCGUUUACUGGUCCUCCAAUGCUCUCCUGCUUCACGUUUAGUUAUACCAACUUGAAAACAAUAGAUUUCAUCGUUCAUGUUGUGUCGUCAAAAUCAUUUUUGUUUUUUUUUUUCAUAUUUUCAAUCAAGUAUUCAGAACAUAUACCAUAAGAAACAGUAUCGAAAUAUACAUUUCAUUUCACUA